AUGAUCACCACAAGUGAUGAGAGGAGUAUGAAUGAAGUAGAACACCUCCAAGACAAUCAAAAGGGAAAUCAGGAAGAAAGGAGCCAUGCACCUCAACCCACACUCAAGGAAGAGCUGAAGAAGAAGGAGACACUUAACCCAUAUGCACCCUUCCCCCAAAGGUUUAAAGGUGGUGUAGCAGCGAGAAUGUAUUCAAGAUUCCUCGACAUGUUUGCAUCUCUUGAUGUAAAUAUACCAUUUAUUAAAGCCCUCCAGCAAUUACCUUCCUACAUAAAGUAUAUAAAGGAGCUGUUAGUCAGAAAGAGUUCAUUGAAAGGUGGACAAACAAUAAAGAUGAAUAGGGAUUGCCGUGCUCUCAUUCAACCAGGGCCACCCACAAAGAGGAAGGAUCCAGGGAGUUUCCAUAUUCCCUGUGCCAUAGGAGAAACAAUGAUUGAUAAAGGACUCUGUGACCUGGGAGCGAGCAUCAACUUAAUGCCUCUAUCCCUCAUGAAAAAGCUUCAAAUCAAUGAGCUAACAACCACAGAUGUAAUCAUUAAGUUGGCUAACAAAACUCAAAAACAGGCAAUAGGAGUGGUUGAGAAUGUGCUAGUGAAAGUUGAGAUGUAA